UGACGAAAUAACCUACGUUAAAAUUGCAUCUAUAUAAAACUGAGAGAUUAAUUUUAAUGAAUGAAGUUUAUUUUUAGAUUCUAAGGAUGUAUCUGUGUUUCGUAUUGGUUUUGCUGGCGGUUCAGGCAAUAUCGUGUCAGCGCCACGGUACUUUUUCUCCAGGACAUGAAGGGAAAUUUGCAAAAGAACGUCUUUCACCUAAUUAUAGUGGCUUUGGUAUUGGCAUCGGGGGUCCAGCCUCAGUCAUAACUCCUGGAUCGGGCUUAGCCGCUGCCAAAGGCGGAGGACUGACCGUCACAAGCGCUUCACCAAUAGCACCAACUGGCCUGUCAAUAUUGUCAGAGAGCUUAUCAAUUGACGGAGGAGCUGCGGCUGGAGGGAAUACCCCGUUUUGCGGAAAUGCUGUGCUUUUGAGUGACUUCUCAAAUGCGGGAUCGGCUGCAGUUAAUCACAAACGUUCCAACGGAGCUUUUAGUGCCUCUGAAGGUUUAAUAUCCAAAAGCUUAGGCUAUAAGCCGGGGUUAAGAAAUAUUGGAAUCAAAGGGCAAUAGAAUUAGUGGAUAUUUUAAGUUACUUUAGUUGAAUAAUAUUUAUGUAUUUAUUUCAAUAAAAACAAAACUGUUUGGAGCAGAGAA